GUUUCCUUGCAAAUAACGUCCCUGCAAAAUCCUUGCCCACCUAGCCAGACGGUCUCUGACGCUGCACCUGAACCAUCGGCACCGCUGUAGUGUCUGUUAAAGGUGUUUUGGUCGCAAGUAUGCUACCUCUGUAGACCAUCACGCUUUCAAUUGCAAAAAUAAUCACUAUGUGCGCCUAAUCUGGAUAAUGCCGCCCACGAUUUCAUUUCUGGAUCUUCCUCUCCAGGCGAGACUGAAGAUAUAUUCCUACUCAGGAUGGCUCCGCCCAUGCCCGAUUGAACUCGUUACCCUCGAACCGUACCAUGGGGCGCCGAGCUCCAGGCAGGCCGUACACACGGAGUGUUUGUACAUCCAAAGGAAAACCGGUUGCCAUAUAAGCAUCGACAGAGAACGGCCAGAUUGCGUCUGCGCAAAGCUGCCAACUCAGCUGCUUUUCGUAUCUCGUGCGAUCCAUGCAGAGACUUUCUCGAUAUUUUAUGGCCAGAACAAGUUUGUUUUACGUGCCCAGGUUGCUGAUGAUCUUACCCCUCUGCGAGAGUUGAGUAUCCACGCGCUGUCAGCUAUGACUUCACUGUUGAUCCGACUCAAAUGUUGGCCUUGCCCACGGGGACACGAGGAAAGCCGGCCCGAUGGCUUAUUCUGCCUUACAUGCGGCACUCCGACAUUACUAGGUACUGCUGCCCUAAGCUCAACGGAUCAAACUGGACGAGAUCUCGUUAGAGAAUGGGGCACAUUAUGCCGCUAUCUUUCUUCAGCCAUUUCCCCAGGACAACUACGGUUUACAUUUAUCUGCGAUGUAGAGGAUCUAGACACAGGCAGGCAAGUCAUCGAACCGCUUUUGGGAUUACCAACCUUGAAGCAGUGUAAUAUCCGACUUGGUCGACAACGAAACUAUCAGCUAAGUGCAUUAGCUCAAGAGACCUCCUUGCGGAUGAUGGGCUUACUUGGCCCAAAGCUGGAUCCAUUUCCUUUUGGGCGUCUUCCCCGAGAAUUGCGCCUUUAUAUAUUAGGCUUUACACACCUGGGACGGCGAGGCUAUCGUGCUGAUGGCGACAAUCAUCUACGCAUCCAAGGGUCUAAACUUGCUUGUCAAACAGAUGGUCCUCUUCGCAAGUCCUGCUGUAGGCAGUGCACAGAGACGCUCAUAGACUGCUGCUGUCCUAAUAGGCGCGCUUCCUACUCUCGUGAUUGCGACUGCCGGCUGUUCCCAUUUGAGCUAGCUCUUGUGAAUAGGCAAUUUCACCAGGAUGCCAUGGAAGUCUUAUUCUCGCAAAACUGUUUCGAUUUCUUCCAGGAUCCUGAGGAGACUAUCUCUUUCUUGAGCCGUCUUCCCAAGGGCGCUUUGAGUUACAUUCGGCGUGUGCAAUUCCAAAUUUCCGAGGAUGAGGUGGUGCAUUGGGAUGAGUGGGAUUACAGUCGAAAAUGGGACAGGCUUAUUACCUUUGUAAAGGACAACUUGGAACUUUCUAGACUAUCCAUCGUUAUCAUUCUUGAGACCUGGGAUCUAGGCCUCUUUAGGGAAAGCGAGCAGAACAGAUUCAUCUACGACGUUUACUGCCAGGUCACACGCACCUCGCGCAUGAUACGUGGGGUUUACGAUAUUCGCUUUGAGCUUGGCUGGUUUAUAGGACUUGAACCGUUGAUGGCAAAGGCAGUAAUGGGUGAAAAGUACAUAAAUCGGCAUCCGGAAACUCAUAUCCCUCUAAGGGAUAGGGAUCAAUCGUUUUUUAAGGUACCGACGUGGUAUAACCCAUCUGACCUCACAGGGUAGAUGCAGAGGACAAUAUACAGUGUCAGCAUAGCUGCGAAUCUU